GCAUCAACAUGUAUGGCGAAUGGGUAUCAUUGUCCGCACAAAUAACCGCAAACAGUUGUGCGGCCCAAAGUUGCAGUGUUCUAAAUAAAUUUCCAGCCAGCUCGGGUCGUGAAGUGACUGUAUCGGUGGUUAAACAAUUGGCCACAAACUUGGGUAUUACUCAGAAUGCCGAACCAAGUCAUUUGGUUAAAGAUGAAGAGGUCAAUUGGUGUAUGGAUGUAAUAUGUUUUGGCCUCUCAUUGCCACUGCAGGAGCAUGAAACAAUCAAAGAUUGUGUCAACAUCUAUUGUGAAUGGAUGACUGCGUUGCAUCCGCAACCUAAAAUAAGUGUACCCAAACCAAUAUGUGAAGAUGCUAAUAUGUAUUGUCGUAAAAUCAUAAAUCAUUUUCAUAAUUUGUUUGUGCCUCGCCAGGGUGAAAUCUUACCAUUUAUUUAUCAAAAAGAGCUUGGUGUUGAUACAAUGAGUCGUCAAGCGGUGUUGUGUCAUCGUGUCCUGCGUACACUACAACAAACUGCACAAAUAUCCCAAACUAUGGAUAGAGAGACAUGGGAAUCAUUGUUGCUCUUCCUCUUGGCAAUAAAUGAGACAUUGCUGGCACCACCCACAAUUAAAGAUGAUGUUGGCGAUCAAUUGUGUGAGAGGCUGUUGCAAGUCCUAUUCGAAGUAUGGUUAUUGGCAUGUGUACGUUGUUUCCCCUCACCAUCGUUGUGGAAAACCCUACAAGAGUCGUGUGCAAUGUGGCGACAUCGUGUGGCUUUGGUCGACCAAUGGAAUCGUGUGAAUAUGGCAUUAACAGCAAGGCUGUUGGAAUUCACCUAUGGUCCAGCAUUUCCGGAAUUGAAAAUUUCUGACGAAGAUGCCCAAUUAAUUCCCCUGGGAAUGACCAAUGAUUGUGUGGCCCAAACAUGGUAUCGUUUCUUACGUACCAUUGGUAAUCCCAUAGCAUUAUGUUCACCACACAUUAUAAGUAAAUCAUCACAUUUUGUACAAUGGGCUCUGACGCACGAUAAAGGUGCCGAAACCUAUCAACAUCCCUGCCUGCAAGCACUUCCUUUGAUAUUCCUUAAAGCCAUAAAGGGUAUAUCAAAUCAAGUUGAUGCUUUCUUAGGUAUUUAUGUAGCGCCACAACGUUCAGGCGAUGAUGGCAUUACAAAUCUAAUGGAUAUACGUUCUGCAUUAAAUGAAGCCACAGCUACGAGCAGUGGUGGUAAUAACACCACCGGUGGUGGUAAUCAUCACCAACAUCAUCACCAUCAUAGUUUUUUUCAUCAUCAUGGCAGUAUAAGUAUACAUUUGAAUAGCGGUAGCAAUAGCUCUGCUACAAAUCAACAAAAUACAAAUAAUAAUUCGGCGGCGAAUUCGAAUCAACAUCAUCAGCAACAGCAACAACAUUCCAGCAGUAACAAUAAUGUACAACCAUCUGCCCUGACCUUGAGUACGGCAUUGGCCGCUAAUGUUGCCCAAACUAAUUCAUCUAUACCACCGGCUAGUGGUAGUCAAUCGGCUGGAGUAUUGGGCUCGAUAUCAUUUGGUUUACCCUCGGCCAGUAGUGGUCAUGAUCAACAGCAACAACAACAUCAACAGCAGUAUCAUUAUCAUCAGCAACACAAUUUGCCACAUUCACCAACACCACCGCUACAAAGGCGUUUGGCAAAAAGUUUUAGUGUUGCUCCGAAUUUGACACAACAAAAGGGUGCGCUAACUAACUAA